AUGGUGGAAGCAGAUCGGCCUGGGAAGCUAUUUAUAGGAGGCCUCAAUAUCGACACCAAUGAAAAGGCCCUUGAAGCAGUAUUUGGGAAGUAUGGUCCCAUAAUAGAAGUUCUUCUGAUGAAGGAUCGAGAAACAAACAGGUCCAGGGGCUUUGCUUUUAUUACAUUUGAGAACCCUGAAGAUGCUAAGGAUGCUACCAAGGAUAUGAAUGGAAAGUCCUUGGACGGUAAACUAAUUAAAGUAGAGCAAGCCAACAAACCAACUUUUCAAAGUGGUGGCAGACGGAGGCCACCAUUUCCUUCAAGAAACAGAGGCCAUCCAAGAGUUCUGAGAUGUGGAAGAGGAGGAAGUGGAGGAGCAAGAGGACGUCCUUCACGUGGAGGACACUUGGAUGAUGGUGGAUAUGCUCUUAAUCUCAACAUGAGUUCUUCCAGGGGACCCUUUCCAAUUAAAAGGGGUCCAUCUUCAAGAAGUGGAGGACCUCCUCCUAAAAGAUCUGCCCCUUCUGCUCCAGGGCAAAAUAAUAGUGGGAUGGGAAGACGAGGUCCAGUGUCACGUGGGAGAGAAAAUUAUGGAGUUCCUCCACGUAGAGAGCCAUUCUCUUCCAGGAGAAAAUACUGGAUGUCACCAAGGGAUGAUGGUUAUGCUACUAAAGAAAGUUAUCCAAGCAGAGAUUAUCCCAGUUUUCGAGACACCAAGGAUUAUGCUCCACCACCUAGAGAUUAUGCAUACCGUGACUAUGGCCAUUCAGGUGCUCGGGAUGAACAUUCUUCUAGAAGAUACAGUGAUCGUGAUGGGUAUGGUGGGGGUCGUGAUAGAGAUUAUUCUGAACAUCCAAGUGGAGGCUCUUACAGAGAUUCAUAUGAGAGCUAUGGUAACUCUCGUGGCAUACCACCAGCACGAGGGCCUCCUCUGACUUAUGGUGGAAGUGGUCGCUAUGAUCAUUAUUAUAGCAGUACACGAAAUGGAUAUGGUGGAGGUCGUGAAAAUUUCUCAAGCAGCAGAAGUGAUAUCUAUAUAAGUGGUCGUGAGCAUUCUGGCAGACGAGAGAGAGGGUAUCCACCAUCUGUGGAUAGAGUGUAUUCUGCUCCUCGUGAAUCAUAUUAUGGCUCAAGUUAUAGGGCUUCCAGAGGAGAUCGUGGGGGACGCCGAUCUGAAAGAGGAGGCCGAAACAGAUAUUAA